AUGCCAAAUUUAGAAAAAAGAGCACAGAAUAUAAAUCCAAAAGACAAAAUGACAGCUCAAGAAAUACAUAUGGAACUCAAAGAGUUCACACAAUCUGGAGAAAUUAAUAAUGAUAACAUCUCUUAA